GAGGAUUAACCGGCUGAUCUGCGACACGCGCUUACACACACACAUUUAAUAUAAACACACAACGACGCAGCAUCAGACCUUCAUCUGGAUCAGCAUCAUCAUCAUCAUCAUCAUCAGCAUCAGCAGCAGCAACAGCGAGGACGAGAGACAAAGAGAGACACAGACAGACACAGAGAGACGAGAGGUAGAGGGAGACGAUCUUCACCGUCUGACAGCAGACAGACAGGAGAGAGACAUACAGGAGAGAGAGACAUACAGGAGAGAGACAGACAGGCCUUCAGUAGCUCCAGCGCCUGUCUGUCUGCGUUCAGUGAUGGCCGACCACAUGUUCCUGUGUGUCUGCUGAGUGUGUGUGUGUGUGUGUGUGUGUUAGUAGGUGGGUGUGUUCACUGUGUUGUGUGUGUGAUCAGUGUGUGACUGUCUGCAGUGUGUGUGUGAUGGGGAACGCAGAGAGCAUGGAGAGCCAGCUGGCCGUGAUCCGGUCCAGAGCCGCCCCGGUCCGACUCCCGAUGCCCGACCCAGCUGAGCUGGAAGAGAGGUUCUCUAUCGCACUGAACUCGAUGAAUCUUCCUCCUGACAAGGUGCGUCUGUUGCGUUCCUAUGACAACGAGAAGAAGUGGGAGCUGAUCUGUGAUCAGGAGAGGUUUCAGGUGAAGAACCCUCCACACACCUACAUCCAGAAACUGAGAGGCUUUCUCGACCCCGCCGUAACGCGCAAGAAGUUCAGAAGAAGAGUUCAGGAGUCAACUCAGAUGCUCAGAGAGCUCGAGAUUUCACUUCGCACAAACCACAUCGGGUGGGUCAGAGAAUUUCUGAAUGAGGAGAAUCGAGGUCUGGAUGUUCUGGUCGAGUAUUUGUCCUUCGCUCAGUACGCCGUCACAUUUGAUGGCGAGCAGUCAGAGACCGGAGGCGAGGUCUCGUCCAUAGACUCUCCGUGGAGUCGGUCCAUAGAGGAUCUCCAUGGCGACUGUAGCCUCCCGUCCCCAUCGUCCUCCGUACCCCGCGCAGCACGCCAUUCCAUCAGUUCCACUCUGGUGACUCGAUCCAACACUCUGCCGAGUCGUCGAACUCUGAAGAACUCGCGGCUUGUCUGUAAGAAAGACGACGUUCACGUUUGUGUCAUGUGUCUGAGAGCCAUCAUGAACUACCAGUAUGGCUUCAACAUGGUGAUGUCUCACCCUCAUGCUGUCAAUGAAAUUGCCCUCAGCCUCAACAACAGGAACCCCAGGACGAAGGCUCUGGUGUUGGAGUUGUUGGCGGCAGUCUGUUUGGUCAGAGGAGGACAUGAGAUCAUCCUGUCAGCCUUCGACAACUUCAAAACUGUGUGUUCAGAGUCGAUGCGUUUCGAGAAGUUGAUGGAACAUUUUAAGAACGAAGACGACAACAUCGACUUUCUGGUGGCCUGUAUGCAGUUCAUUAACAUCGUGGUUCAUUCGGUGGAGGACAUGAACUUCAGAGUCCACCUGCAGUACGACUUCACCAAACUGAACCUUGAUGAACACCUGGAGAGGCUGAAGCACACAGAGAGCGACAGGCUGCAGGUGCAGAUUCAGGCGUACCUGGACAACGUGUUUGAUGUUGGGACGCUGCUGGAGGACGCAGAGACCAAAACUGCCGCUCUGGAACGAGUCGAAGAGCUGGAGGAGAGCCUGGGCACGAUGUCGGAGCGUCUGCUGGACGUGGAGAACGAAGCGAUGUUGAAGAUCGUCGAACUGGAGAAACAACUGAUGCAAACAAACAAGGAUCUGGACCAUGUCCGGGAGGUGUAUGCGAGUGCUAACUCUCAGGUGCACACCUUGCGGCGGAUGGUUCGGGAGAAGGACCAGACAAUCCGGCGUCAGAGUCGUCUGGAGCGUCAGGCUCAGGAGGCCCAGCAGGCCGGAGGACCUGGAGCACCACAACCACAGAGAGGAGAGGGGGAUGGGGGGGUGGCUGACUCUGCCUCCCCCUCACCUCCCCCCUGUCCUAACUUGUCCCCCAGUCCUGAGACCGUAGCCUACCACAGCAUGGGACCAGGGAUGGGCGGAGCUCCAGGAAUGCCAGCCCCGCCACCUCCCCCGCCCCCACCACCAAUGCCAGGCACAGUGUCUAAUGGGUCGUACCCUGUACCUCCUCCCCCUGCUCCUCCUCCUCCUCCCCCCUGUCGGACCAGUGAGCUGUCCUCCUCUGUACCCAUGCCUCCCCCUCCUCCACCAGUGGCCCCCCCUCUCCCGGGCUCGGGGGGGUCGCCUACGGUCAUCUUUAACUCGGGACUUGCAGAGGGUCCUCUCAAGUUAUUUUCGGUGAAGAUAAAGAAGCCAAUCCAGACCAAGUUCAGGAUGCCAGUGUUGAACUGGGUCGCCUUGAAGCCGAGUCAGAUCAAUGGGACCGUCUUUAAUGACAUUGACGAUGAGUCCAUCCUGCAGGACCUGGAUGUGGAAGGGUUUGAGGAGCUGUUUAAGACAAAGGCUCAGGGUCCAGCAGUGGACCUGACUCUGUCCAGACAAAAACUUCCUCAGAAAGGCCCAUCCAAAGUUUCUCUGCUGGAGGCCAACAGAGCCAAAAACCUGGCCAUAACUCUAAGGAAGGCCGGUCAGGGGUCAGAGGUCAUCUGUCGCGCCAUCCACACGUUUGACCUGCGGACGGUUCGGGUCGACUUUGUGGAGUGUCUGAUGCGUUUCCUGCCAACGGAGGCAGAGGUGAAGCUUCUACGGCAAUAUGAGAGGGACAGAAAACCUCUGGAAGCUCUGAGUGAUGAAGACCGCUUCAUGAUGCAAUUCAGUCGCAUCGAAAGACUCAAUCAGCGAAUGUCGAUCAUGACCUUCAUGGGGAACUUCAGUGACAAUGUCCAGAUGUUAACUCCGCAACUCCACGCUAUGAUUGCUGCUUCAGUUUCUAUAAAAUCAUCUCAGAAGCUCAAGAAGAUCCUUGAGAUCAUCUUGGCUCUGGGGAACUAUAUGAACAGCAGUAAGAGGGGAGCUGUGUAUGGGUUCAAACUGCAGAGUUUAGACCUGCUGCUGGAGACGAAGUCAACCGACAGGAAACAGACAUUGCUUCAUUACAUCGGCAACGUGGUGAGAGAGAAAUAUCCUUCAGUGGCUCUGUUUUACAAUGAGCUUCACUACGUCGAUAAAGCGGCUGCAGUGAGUCUGGAGAAUGUGCUGUGUGAUGUGAAGGAGCUACAACGCGGCAUGGAGCUCACCUGGAGAGAGUUCAGUGUUCAACACAACGGCACACUCAAAGACUUCAUCAGCAGGAACGAAUCAAGACUCAGCAAGCUGCAGGAGGACGCACGCAUCGCUGAGGAUGCGUUUGAAGAUGUGGUGAAAUUUUUCGGCGAGAGCUCCAAGACAAUGCCACCGUCGGUCUUCUUCCCUAUCUUUGUUCGUUUCAUUAAAGCGUACAGGCUGGCAGAGGAGGAAAACGAGCAGAGGAGGCGUCAAGAGCAGAUGUUACUAGAGAAGCUGGAGCAGGAGGAGCAACAGGAGCAGGAGCAGGAGACCAAGUCUCCGUCCCACAGAGGGAAGCGACAGCAGCAGGAGCUGAUCACUGAGCUUAGACGACGACAAGGAAAAGACAGCCGCCAUGUUUAUGAAGGGAAGGACGGCGCCAUAGAGGACAUCAUCACAGCUUUGAAGACCGUCCCCUUCACAGCCCGAUCGGCCAAACGCAGCUCUCGUUUCUUCUGUGACCCCGCCCACUCCGAGGAGCACUACUGAGAGAGAGAGAGAGAG